GUUUUCACUGAUUAGUGCUACUAGAAACAUUGGUAGAGUGCCUAUGGUGAAUAUGACUAAAGGCUGCAUCUCUUUUAGUGUACUAUAUUUUUAGACCUUUAAAACCAUACUGAUUAGCAAUAAACUCAGCUUUCUUUUCUAUCAAACGAUUCAGAACAAAACAUUUGUCAUAAUCGUAAUUUCACGGAAUUUUACAAGCACAUUUCACUGCAAUUUGUAUCAGCUAAUAGGAUACCGUUAAAUAAUUGCUGCUGGAGAUACAUUGUCAAACAACUUGGGCUCGAUAUUUUGAAACAUCUAUGAAAGCAGCCAAAGAGAGGCAAGCAAGCACCGUAACACCACAAAGCGAAUGACAACCUCAAAGAACUUGUGCAAAGGAUUAGCUGUUUGUUGACAACAUUAAGACAUGAGCAAACAAAUGAGUCGCUGAAAACGUACCAACAAGUUCAAGUCAGGUCUCCCGGAUAUACAUUUAUGCGGCCCAGUUACAUGUCUAGGAUUAACGGAUGUGUCAACUUAUAAUUAAAUACCUCAAUGGUUUACUGCUACAGGAUAAAAUGCAGAUUGUAUAAUUAAUAAAGACGCGAGCAACACAUACAUACGUAUGAUAUACCCGUAUACCAAUACAUCCUUUGCUCUGAAUUUUUGGAUAUUAAUUUUUAGAAUUAAAGUGAUAGUUCAUUACUCUGUGAAAUCGAAAACAGGCAACGGAACGGCUGUUGAUCACAAUUAUUAUGGAUAUCGAGUCCACGCUAUUUGUCAUCGAAAUAUGAGUAAAUACAAAGUUAAUAAUAACGAUGAACUGAAGAUAUGUAUGUCAAACCUUCAAUCAAAUGAGCUCAUGAAGUGUUUUAUUUCCUAAUUCACAUACAUAAACCGAAGCUUAUGUAAAUUCAUUACCGCCCACUGCUCACGAUUAAAAUUAACAAAGGUUACUUCAGGGGUGCCCUGGAAAUUUCAGUAUAUAAACGUUAUAUAAAUUUGGCAAGUAACACUACUUCAGAAAUAUCAUUCGAAAUAUCGCAGAGAAAUGGGAUCAGAGGUAUUAACCGUUUUGUUGAUUGCCUGCUUUCUAGGAACUUCAUACACAAGUGUUUGGCGCUGCAAGGGAACCAUUAUAGAAUUGGACAGCUACUUCGAAUCACAGGAUUUCAAUUCCCAAGAGAGGGUAGUUGGCGGUGCCGCUGUACCCGAUGGCGAGUACAUACCUUAUCAGGUGUCCAUGCAGUAUAGAACACGAAGUGGCAAAGACAGGCACUUCUGUGGCGGUUCUAUAAUUGCUCCUAAUCGCAUUCUGACCGCAGCUCAUUGCGUCAAUGGACAGGAUGCAAAGCGAAUCUCAGUUGUAGCGGGAAUACGCGAUCUUAAUGACAGCAGUGGAAUUCGAUCACAGGUGUUAUCCUUCGAAAUACAUGAGAACUAUGAAGAAUUGGUUACUAGUGAUAUAGCCAUCUUGAAAAUCGAGCCAUCAUUCGAGUUGGAUGGCGUCAAAAUCAACCAAGUGGAUGUGAGCGGCAGUGACAAAGUCAAUGGGGGCCAUGCUGUAACGCUCUCUGGAUGGGGUGCUAUGUGGCAUGUGGGCCAAGGUCCGUUGGCAAUUUACCCCACAUUGCUGCAACGAAUGUCCUAUAAAACGAUCACCAACGAGCAAUGCAAAAGAGUGAUGACACAAUUGACCGAGACGGAGAUCUGUGCAUUGGAGCGCUUCGGCAAAGGAGCUUGUAAUGGUGAUUCAGGUGGUCCCUUAGUAAUGGAUAAUGGUGGAAGCUUGAAACAGGUUGGCGUUGUUUCUUACGGCACGGCACUUUGUGCAUCUAAUAGUCCAGAUGUUUACACUCGCGUGUCCAUGUUCGAUGACUGGAUCAAAGCGCGCUUAAAUUAAGGGAAAUUCCUCCACAUACAUAUGCACCUAGGUAUAUGAUACGGCCUUUUCAAGAAAAACAUUUAUGAUGACAUUGAAAUAAAAACUUAUUUAAUUAAAACUGCAAUUAUAAAGUUUAGCAUGGUACACAUUAUUUAGUUUAAAACUUUCCCUACAGGGUGUUUAUAUCUCUUCACAAAUACUCUUGACUCUUAUAUUUUUAAAUAAAUACGCAGAAAUUUACAAACUACAUAUGUAUGAUUAAAUGAUAAAUUUAUUUCAAACUAAAAUUCUCGCCCGUAUAAUAUAUGUAUGUAUGUAUGUUCAUACAUGUACAUGAUAUUCAUUUCAAGUGUAGCUCUAAUUCCCUGACCUAACUGAUAGCUAUGCUAAUAGUGCUAUCUUUUGUUAGGAGGUCGCGUCUACUGUGAAGAGUGAUUAUUAGUGACUAAUUGCAGUGUGUACGCGAACUUCUGCAAUAUUGUGCAACUAUAAAUGAGUGGGUGUCAGUUCAAUUUUAAUUUAAUAAAAUACGUAAUUUUAAUGACAUAACUGACUAAAAUAAAGUAAUAAUGAAAUUGAUUAAAGGAUUUCGUAUCUCACACAUUCUGAGUACUAUGCUGUGUUUCGUCCAUGUUGUGUUGUCCAACAGCACUGAUACGACGCGAAUUGUUGGUGGUCACGAUGUGCCUCCUGGUGAAUAUGUUCCGUAUCAGAUAUCACUACAGUAUUUUACAAGAAGAAAUAAGUACCAACACUUCUGCGGUGGUUCUAUAAUAUCGUCUAAUCGCAUUCUCACAGCCGCCCAUUGUU